UCUCAGUGUGAUGAAUGUACGCCGGGCUUCUCCGAGUCGCCGCAGGAACUGGCAGCCCGCUCAGGAUAUUCCCUGGAAGCAGUGAUGGCCGGGCGAGACCCCCUCCCUUUCCUGACAGCGAGGGAGGCAGGGAGGUAAAGAGUGGGACACACAGGAGAGCCCGGGAUCUUGAGACUCUGAGCGCCACCGUCAUGGACCCAAGCAUUCACGCUCUGGAGCUGUUGGGGGUCUUCUUGUCGGCGGCGGCCUGGCUCUGCUCGCUGGCCACCACCCUGAUGUCCACCUGGCUGACCCUCUCCACCGAGCUGCUCUCCACAGAGAGCUACCAGCUGGGGCUGUGGGAGACCUGCGUGGUGCAGGAACUCGGGAUACUGGAGUGCCGGCCCUACGACGGCCUGCUGGGCCUGCCGCAGGACAUCACACUGGCCCGGGUCUUCAUGUGCCUGGCGCUGUCCUCCGGGCUGCUCGGACUCCUGCUGGCAAUCCCCGGCAUGCACGUCAUCAACAGCUGCCGCGGCCAGCUGGAGGACCUCAGGUGCAAGAGGGGGAUGAAGGUGGCCGGGGGGACGCUGUGCCUGGUGGCUGGCAUCCUGGGGCUCGUCCCGGUCUCGUACAUCGCCCACAUCACGGUCUUACGGUUCUUUGAUGAAACGAUGCCGGACAUGGUGCCGCGCUGGGAGUUCGGGGACGCUCUAUUCUGCGGCUGGACGGCCGGGUUUCUUCACCUGGUUGCGGGAACUCUGCUGCUGGCGUCUUGUUUUUGUCUGCAGAGGGACAACUGUAUCACACCUGUCCCCAUCCCUGUGGGGACUGUGCAGCCGAGUUGGACCCACAUCAAGACCAAAACCGAGUACGUCUGAGAUUGCGUUCCAUCAGGGACGCCACACGUCUGUUCUCUUCUAAGUAAAGAGUCAGUGUCCAAAAGUAAUACAGGAGAAACCAACGGCAGUAAAACGGCUUCUUUUCUCAGUAGUUCUCAAUCAGGUGUUUGGACAGACCACAUGUUUCAGACGGGAGGACGGACGUCUCAAGCUUUGUGAUUAAGAACUGCACUGAGGAACUGUCCUGUCUGGGUCAGAGACAACAACCUCUUGCUCUGCAGCCAAACUUUAAAUCACAAACUCUUCAGGAAAAAACAUGGAGCUCCAAAGUCCAAAAGUUAGAACAAAACUGCAAUAAAACAAAGUCUUUUAUUUUAAAAUCUUCUGCAAACAGGGAAAACUGGAUUUUAGAUAUUAAACUCAAAAUCUUGUUAAACGUCACACGAGAAUUAAACCAAAUACAUUUUACAUUCAUGAUUUUAAGAUGCAGAUCGACUUCACAUUUUGUCUCCGUGUUUACUUCCCUCAGUUUCAGCUCUUCAUGUCAAACAUUAAAACUUUCCUUGUGACACAUUGUAUGUUUGGAAACUUUGGGAUCUUUAAAACAAUUAAAAAUAGAGUUUUUUGAAAGGUUUGGCUGCACAGCUCAGUUUUUUAAUGACACAAGUUUCCUGAUAUAAAAAGUGAAACUUUUAAAAUAUUUUGACUUUGUCAUUAAGAACUACCUUGAGAAAAUACACAUUUUUAUUGCAGCUCUUCUAGAUUAGUUACUUUUGAAAAUUCACAGUUUGGUAUCUUUAGAAAUGUUUAACUUGGAGGUUUUUUGUGUUUGAACAAAGUUUGGCUGCUCGGCUCGAGUCUUUGGGAAUACUU